ACUUGGACAAAGUCCUCAGUCUCCUGUGACAGCACAAGUUCAAGAUCAACGGUGAGAAGUGCGAGUUUGGCCGCACCCGUGUCUUGUACUUAGGUCAUGAGAUCUCCGCGGAAGGGUUGGAAGCCCGAUGACGCGAAGGUGGCUAGCAUACGAGAUUGGCCACGUCCUCAGCUUGUGACUGAGAUGAGAUCUUUCUUAGGAAUGACAGGCUACUAUAGGACUUUCGUUAAGAACUAUAGCAUAGUGGCCACUCCUUUGACUGAUCUGACCCGCCUUGACACCCCAUGGGAGUGGACAGAUGAGUGCGAGGCUGCUUUCAAACAUCUGAAGCAUGCGUUGACGCACUACGAAAUCUUCAAACUUCCUGAUCCUGAUAAACCGUUUAUAGUCACCACGGAUGCCAGCCAAUAUGGCAUUGGCGCCGUGCUCGCGCAGCAGGAGGGGCCAAAGUUGAGGCCUGUAGAGUACAUGUCCAAGAAAAUGUCGUCUCAGAAGUUGGCUAAGUCCACCUAUGAGAAGAAACUCUAUGCCGUUUACAAGGCUCUGACCCAUUGGAGACACUAUCUCCUUGGGAGGUUCUUCAUCCUCAGGACUGAUCAUCAGACCCUGAGAUGGAUGAGAACUCAGCCGGUACUCUCUGAUGCUCUCAAGCGUUGGAUCGAAGUCAUUGAGCAGUAUGACUUUGACCCUCAGUACCUUAAGGGGGAGUACAACAAGGUUGCUGAUGCCUUACCGCGUAGACCUGAUUUCUCAGGUGCGCUGAUUACUGAGUUUGAUUUGACGAACAAUAUUACUCAGUCCUUGGUGGAAGCCUAUCGUGAGGACCAGUUCAUGUCUAAGAUCAUACGCAGACUUGAGGCGAAGGACAAAAAGACUUCUGUUGAGUUCGAGUUGGUCAACGGCUUGCUGUUCCUUGAGAAGGCAGGGAAUAAACGAUUGUGCAUUCCUAAUAGCGCGUUUUUGCAUAUUUUAUUUUUAGGUGAGUGUCAUAAUGUCACCGGCCAUUUUGGGUAUAAGAAGACCGCAGCCAAUCUGCUGCAGCGGUUCUGGUGGCCCACGAUGAUACGAGAUGCACAGUUGUACGUGGAGACUUGUCAGGUCUGUCAAAGGGACAAGCACCGUACUCAGGCUCCUCUUGGGCUAUUGAAGCCCCUUCCGAUUCCAGAACGGCCGGUUGAGAGUCUGUCCAUGGACUUCAUGGAUACACUGAUCACCAGCAAGAGUGGGAUGCGACACAUCUUCGUCAUCGUGGAUAGAUUUAGUAAGUAUGCUAGAUUAGUAGCAAUGCCGGAAACAGCAAGAACGGAGUAUGUGAUCCGAAUGUUCAAAGAGAACUGGGUUAGAAAAAGAGAACUGGGUUAGAGACUUUGGUUUACCGAAGUCUAUUAUUAGUGACAGGGAUGUCCGAUUUACCAGCAAACUGCGGAAGGCCACUGCUGCAGAGCACGA